CUCUUACCAUGUCAAACCCGGACGCGGCCUGUUAUACCGUCGUUUACGAGGACGCUUCGGAAUCGCCGUCUACGCAGGACCUACGAAACGCCCUACAGAAGGGUUCCGAUGAUGCCAAAAUCGAGACGUUACGUAGGAUCAUAGUCUCUACGAUUAAUGGCAACCCACAGCCUACACUCUUGAUGCCAAUCAUACAGUAUUGCAUGCCAUCUCGGGACAAACGGCUGAAGAAGCUGCUGCACUUCUACUGGGAGGUAUGCCCAAAGUAUGAUGAGUCUGGAAAGUUGAAGCAGGAGAUGAUUCUCGUUGUUAACGCCAUCCGGAAUGACCUGCAACAUCCUAAUGAAUAUAUCCGCGGCGAGACUCUGCGCUUCCUUCAAAAGAUCUCCAAAGACCAAGAACUUCUCGAACCCCUAAUUCCCAUAUGUCGAUCUUGUCUCGAGCACCGACACUCCUACGUCCGUAAAAACGCCGUCUUCGCCAUAUAUACCAUCUACCGCGAAUUCGAACAUCUUAUCCCCGACGCUCCCGAACUCAUCCAAACAUUCCUCGCCGCCGAAUCUGACGCGACAUGCAAGCGGAAUGCAUUCGUGUUUCUCGCGAACUGUGCUAUGCCCAAGGCGGUACAGUAUGUAUUGCAGGUGUAUGACCAGAUUGGGAGCUUGGACGAGUUGUUGCAGAUGGCUAUCAUUGAUGUCGUGAGGUUGGAUUGCAAGGGCGACUCGACGCACAGGGCAAGGUGGAUUCGCAUCAUCUUUGAGUUGCUCAACGCACCAUCAUAUGCUGUGAAAUACGAGGCGGCUACCACCUUGACAAGCUUGACGCAAAAUGCUGCUGCUGUGAAAGCGUCGGCUUCUACGCUCAUCAAUAUCGUCAUCAAGGAGUCCGACAACAAUGUCAAACUCAUCGUCCUAGACCGUCUAGAGAAUUUGCGGUCAAAACAUGGGCAUGUAUUCGACAGCCUUAUCAUGGAUGUUCUCCAAGUGCUCUCCAGUGCUGACAUCGAGGUGCGACGAAAGGCUGUCGGGAUCGCACUGAGCAUGACUUCGAGCCGAAAUGUCGAGGAUGUUGUGAUGUUCCUCAAGAAGCAACUGCAGAAGACUCAGGACCAGGAGUACGAAAAGGCACCGGAGUAUCGCCAGCUUCUCAUCCAGUCCAUCCACGUUUGUGCCGUCAAGUUUUCAGAGGUUGCUGCCAGCGUGGUUCACGCCUUGAUGGAGUUCCUCGGAGACUCCAACAACCCGUCAGCUCUUGACGUCGUUGCAUUCGUUCGCGAGGUCGUCGAGAAGUUCCCUGCCCUUCGUCCACCGAUCACCGAACGCCUAAUUCAAACUCUCCCGGAAAUCAAGUCAGGCAAGGUCUUCCGUGGUGUGCUCUGGAUCAUCGGCGAAUACGUCGAGAAUGCUUCUGAGAUCCUGGAGGCCUUCCAAGAGGUGCGAAAGGUUCUCGGAGAGAUCCCCAUCUUGGCGUCAGAACAGCGAUUGCUCGACGAGGCGAGUGCUGAGGACGAGCCGAAGGAGAAGGAGGAGACUAGCACGAAUGGGCACGCUCACGGAGCCGCCAGCAAGCCCAAAGUCCUCGCGGACGGGACAUACGCCACUGAGACCGCGUUUACAUCGACCACGACAGCACGACUAGAGGCCGUCAAGGCUGCUGCCAAACCACCACUUCGAACACUUCUGCUCGGUGGCGACUUCUUCACGGGCACAGUGUUGGCUUCCGCGCUUACCAAGCUGGUUCUGCGGUUCUCCGAGGUAUCGUCUGACCCUAAGAGAGCGAACGCCUUGAGGGCGGAGGCCAUGCUGAUCAUGGCAUCUGUCAUCAGGGUUGGGCAGUCCAAAUUCGUUACUGUGCCCAUCGAUGAGGAUUCGCAUGAACGUAUCUUGAACUGCAUCCAGACGCUCAGUUCGCUCGAGGAGAGACCCGUUGUUCAUGAAAUAUUCCUUUCCGACACGAAGGCUGCUUACUCGAAGAUGGUCGCCGCUCAGGAGAAAAAAGCGGCGGAGAAGAGAGAGUUGGAAGCUACGAAGGAGCAUGCGAUCCAAGUCGACGAUGUCCUUUCGUUCCGACAGUUCUCGAAAAAGGCUGCCGACGACGUCAUUGACUAUGACCAAGAUGUCGGACGUGCAACUGGUGCCGCUGAGGUCCACGAGGACUUUAUUUCCAAUCUCAGUCGAAUUUCGCAGCUCACUGGCUUUUCCGACCCGCUCUAUGCGGAGGCUUAUGUUAAAGUACAUGGGUUUGAUAUCAUGCUCGAUGUCCUAUUGGUCAACCAGACAUCGGAUACGCUACAAAACCUGUGCUUGGAUUUCGCGACUCUCGGCGAUUUGAAGCUCGUCGAACGACCAGCGGUGUAUACGAUUGCACCUCAUGGGUUCCAAAGUAUCAAGGCGACUAUUAAGGUCUCAUCGACAGAGACCGGUGUCAUCUUCGGCAGCAUCCUAUGGGAGGGUCCAAACUUGUCCGAGCAGGCCGUGAUCUUGAACGACAUUCACAUCGAUAUCAUGGACUAUAUCAAGCCUGCGUAUUGUACGGAAGCUCAGUUCAGGAGCAUGUGGACUGAAUUCGAGUGGGAGAAUCGGGUGAAUGUGUCGACGACCAUGUCUGAGCCCCGGGAUUACCUGCAACAUAUUAUGAAGUCGACGAAUAUGUCGUGUCUUACGCCAGAGGGGGCGAUGUCAGGCGACUCCGACUUCUUGUCUGCGAACAUGUAUGCGCGUAGUUUGUUCGGUGAGGACGCUCUGGCCAAUCUCAGCAUCGAGCGUACAGAGGCUGGGACUAUCACUGGGCACGUACGUAUCCGGAGUAAGACGCAGGGGAUCGCGCUGUCGCUGGGCGACCGGAUCACAAUGGCGCAAAAGGAUAGCAAGUUAUCUGCGUAGAUAGACGAAUCUCGGGGUUAUGGUGAGUCUUGCGUGGGGUUGAUUGAGAACGGUAGGCGGUGAUGGGUGAUCGCAUCGCUCAGGUCUCAGGGUGGCGGAGAGUUUUCUUGAGGGGGUGGAUUUCUGCGUGGUGGUUGAAUGGGGAUAAUACUCGUUUGGACGGACAUCUUUUACUCAAACUUCCCAUGUGCACGACCUGUGUUUUCGUGAAAAGUCUUCGAAACAACCCUGGAGGAGUCAAGAUGC